AUGGGGUUGAAGUUUUCCAAGGCAGGGCCGGCGAAGGGUGAAAACACCACCACUUUUGUCCUCCCGCAUCGAAUGUUUUCUUAUCUUUCGGCGAGUUCUUGGAUACGGAACUUGGUGUCCAAGAAAAGAAGGCGAAUCGUAGUCGGCGGAUACGAUCUUGACAUGUCUUAUAUAACCGAUCGUGUGUUGGCAAUGUCCUUCCCCGCCGAACGUAUGCGGGCGGUGUAUCGGAAUCCUCUAUGGCAGGUCAAGUCUGUGCUGGAAAUGAGACAUCAGGGGCAUUACAAGGUCUAUAACUUGUGCAUAGAAGAAGACUAUGAUCCAUCAAACUUCCAUGGUCGAGUCGAGCGGUUCCCUUUCGAUGACAAUCAUGUUCCCCACUUCGAAAUGAUGAUGAAGUUGUGUGAGAGUGUUCAUUCAUGGCUAUCAAAGGACCCUAAAAACAUUGCAGUCGUGCAUUGCAUGGCAGGCAAAGGUCGAACAGGCUUAAUGGUAUGUGCCUACCUUGUUUACACUGGAAUGUCAGCUGAGGAAGCACUUCAGUUAUACGCCCAAAUGCGGACCACUAACAAUGAAGGGGUUUCUAUUCCAAGCCAACGUCGUUAUGUGGGGUACUGGGAAAAGAUACUUUCUUUUCCUAGGGGAAUUGGCAACGGACCUCCCGAAGUGAACUUGCCUCAACCAUGCAGCCGAGAAUUGCGACGGAUUCGGCUUUACGAUACGGUUAAUGCCAACUGUGUCUUCUUCGUUGUCUCUGAGCUCCAAGAGAUCCCGGAUCAGAUGUACCGCCCACAGGUGGAAGUUGCCAAGGGUUGCUGUAGAGAAAUCAAAAAGGGAUCUGAAGGGAAUUGCAGUCCUAGGUAUUUUUUGUCAUACGUCGAAGGAGACAACGAAGGGGAUGCACCGGAAUCGAAAGGACCUCGUUUUGUAGUUCAAAUGGACACAGAGAGUCAAGUGUUAUAUCAGAGGAACUGUCUUGACUAUUGUUUCACAAAACCUGUUGAAGUUAAGGGAGAUGUGCGUGUCAUAUUCUAUCAAAAAAUGAUCGGAGGCCGCCUUUUUUAUGCCUGUUUCAAUACGGCCUUCAUCAAGAACAGCUUGUCACAGUUUAAGAUCCGGGAUCUGGACAAAGUUGGGAGUGCUGGUAGAUCGAUAUGCGGCCCCGCAUUCUGUGUCGAAUUGUUAUUCGGUCCGGCAAAUCAGAGGCUCUCAGGGUCUGCAUCAUCUGAUUAUGAAGAUGAAGUAAUGAACUUGUUCUAA